AUGUACCUUACACCUCCCUCGACUUCGGACUCUCCAGUGUCGCAGUAUUCACAGUUCUUCGAAACGAGUUCGACCAGUCCGGAUCCUUCCCGUCACCCAGAUCGCUUGUCUUGUUACGAUUCUCCAUUUGAGCAGACUGUUUCCACUGGUGUUUCCCGACCAGAUUUUGAACCAGGUCCGUACUCUCAUCACGGUCGCUGGUACUCAGUACCUCAGACUGAGCUUCUAUCACCGCCUCCCAUGGACCACGGUAGCACUGCCUGGGUAACCCCGGAUGGAUUAGUCGCGGGCACAAGUACAGCAUCUUCGAGUUCCGUGGAACCUGAUGCUUUGCAUGCUGAUUUCAAUGCAUUCGCUGGAUACGACUCAUGUCUACCUGCCCCGUACCAACCACAUGAUGCUUAUAUGCCAGCGGGACGCAACCCGUCGGUUCAUGAACCCUCGCUACCUUCCACUAGCCAAUCUUCACGAGCGCCCACAUUGGGAGCGAGGCCGUCGUAUGGAUACCUUCAAGACCCAGCCAGCUCAAGAUUCAGAGUAGAAGGUUCCGUCAGCACCUACGGCCAAGGAUACGAAUCUCACUCUUACUCGGCGCCUGGCCCACCAACUACCACGUACCAAACCGAUGGGGCUGCCUUUACCUCAAAUUUACCCUCAAGUAUGGGCACAGGUAGCUCAACAGUAUGGCCCAAGCAGGAAUAUGAAGUGUCGCAAUUCUACCCUACCCCGCAAACCCAACUUCCAGAACUUGGCCAGGAGAGGAGAUUAUUGAAAGCAAACAAGGUCAAGAGACCCACCAGGAAACAUACAUCCAAGGAGGAGGCCAACUUUCAGUGCGAAGUAAAGGGAUGUGGGAAGUUUUUCAGUCGCAGCUACAACUACAAGUCUCACCUGGAAACCCAUGACGAGAAGCGCGAAUAUCCUUUCCCAUGCACCGUAGAUGGGUGCACCAAGAAGUUUGUACGGAAAACCGACCUCCAACGUCAUCACCAGAGCGUACACAUGAAGGAGCGUAAUCACAAAUGCGACUACUGUGGACGUCUCUUUGCUCGCAAGGACACCUUGCGGAGUCGUUAUCUUAGUGUUACUAAGGAGGACGGUGAACGAACCUCAACAAACCCUGAGGUUUUCUACGCUGAACAAAGGGGUCCUAUCCACGAAAUCCUGCUGUGUUUCCCACCAAUUCUCACGAACACGCACAACGCUGCUACAAGCUAG